UUCUACUCCUGGAUGUCCUUAACGUUAACCAGACUACAUCCACCUUGAACUUAUACUGAACACCAUUCCCGUAUAAUACCCUGAUACUCCAUUUGUUGGCAAUUUUAGUGUUUGGUGCUGCUAUCAUGGAUUCCCAAAGCCUCUUCGAUGUGAAGGGCAAAGUGGUGCUGGUCACCGGUGGAGCCAAGGGUAUUGGUCGCAUGAUCUCUGAAGGAUACGUAGCGAACGGUGCCACCGUUUACAUCUCGUCUCGUGAUGCCAAGGCUUGUGAGAAAGCCGUAAACGAGCUCAAUGCGCUUGGCAAAGGAAAGGCACACGCCAUCCCCGCCGAUUUUUACAAAGAAGAGGAUGUUAAGAAAUUGGCUGAAGAGCUUGGGAAGCGCGAGAGCAAGCUGCAUGUUCUUGUUAACAACUCCGGAUCGAACUGGGGUGCUCCUUACGAUGAAUAUCCUUCCUCUGCUUGGACUAGAGUACUCACUCUGAACCUCCACAGAGUCUUCGACCUGACGAGGCUCGUUACACCCUUGCUGGAGAAGGCAGCCACCUCGGGCGACCCAGCCCGCAUCAUCAACAUCGGUAGCAUCGAUGGUCUUCGGGUUCCAGCACUUGAGACGUUUGCUUAUAGUGCCAGUAAGGCCGGUUUGCAUCAUCUGAGCCGAGUCCUUGCAAACCACCUUGGUAGAAGAAACAUCACAUCAAACUCGCUGGCUUGCGGUCCCUUUGAAAGUAAGAUGAUGGCUGCCACCCUUGAAACAUAUCGGGAGCAGAUCGAAGGAAAUAUCCCACUGGGCCGUAUUGGUACCCCCCAAGAUGUGGCCGGUGCCUGCUUAUUCCUGAGCAGCCGCGCUGGCUCGUAUGUGAAUGGAGCCACUAUCACACUGGACGGUGGCAGCGCUAUUGCUGCCAAGCUGUAAGAUCUAGGUUGAUGUAGUACAUAUCAGAAAUAUUGACUCCACAAUCCUGCGAUUAACAAGAUAGCGUCCUGUUACAGAAGGUUUAACCUAAAAUUUCAUUGGCAUAUCUAUGAACCGUUUCUUUGCUUUUUCUGAAUAUUCACCUGCAGGCUUAUGUACAAUGCUCAUGCAGAGUAAACUUUCAGUCUGGCACGUUUUUCUUAGCGGGCGCAUACCAAUCUACUACUGGUAUUAGUAAAUGCUGAACCCUAUUGACAUCAUCGAGCAUCUACAUCGCUCUGUGCGCAUACUAUUAUGACAUAACAGUGUCAACUGAACGGCGCCACAUAUGCCAUAACUGGCGGAAGUUCGCGGGAAGUAUCGUCAGGCAGCCUGUAGCAAGGAAAAAGCAUGUUCAUUGGGAUCGCAAGCCAUCAGCCCUUCUGAUAUUAGGAUCGACUUACGGAUGACUCCGUUUCAAGCUGAAGUGUCAGGGUGGCUGUACGGAGUGUGCA